AUGAGGGUCGCUAUCGCCGUUCCAUUCGUCGCCGCCACGGUUGCCAUGGCUCAGAGUGGCAACACUUAUACCGGAACUUAUGGCAGCUUCUCCGGCACCGCGACCUACACUCUCUCAGGCACCGUCCACACCGUUGGCGGCACAAACGUCAAUCCUUACACCUACGGCUCCAGCACCUACACAGUCGGCGGCAAGAGCAGCACAGCUUCCGCCGCCGAGGCCACCGACGCAGUCUCAGCCGCAGCCGACGGCGACGGGGAAGAGGAAGAAUCCAGCAGCGCCGUCGCCAGCGGAUCCAGAUCGUACUCCUACUCCGCGACCUACUCCGGGACGUACUCCUAUACCGGCGCGCCGACGACCAUGACGUACGGCUCCAACACCGUCGUUCUGGGCACCGCUGCAUCGUCGUCCUCGGCGGAGGCGGAGGCGGCCGCGGCGGCUACUACCGAAGCCGCGAGUGCCGGUGGUGGGAGCGCCGGCGGUGCUGCCUCGACCGGCUUUAGCGCUUCCCAGAACGGCACGUUCACGACUAAAGGUGCCGGCGGUAGCGCUACUGCUACCCCCUCGGGCCCGUCAUCCACCUCUUCCAUCCCCGCUGGUGGUGCCGCUGGUAUCCAGGCCGCGACUGGCAUGCUGGCUCUUGUCGGUGCUGCUGCCGCUUACCUGCUGUAG